AUGCUGUUGUUGGUGUAGUACUUUGAUAUAUUAUGAUAUUGUUAAAUCAGUCAUCUAUAGCGUUUAAUAAUAUUUUUUUCUUUAAACAUAAUCAGCGCCGUUUUUUUUUCUUGGCAGAGGAUAAUGCGGACGUCAACAAUAUUCAAGUUUUGGAUGAUUUGCCAAAUGUAAGAUGUACAGUGGACUCUUGCCGCCGGGUCUCACUGAGGCUGACCUGAGCUCGGAUGAUGCUGAUGAAGGGGAAGCAGCAGAAGACAGACAAGGCGAGCAGCUCUCACGUCAGUCAGACACAGAGCCUCAUUCAGCUUGUGAACAGGUUCAAUGUAACAACACAAACGCUGGUCUGCACAAUGAUGCUUUUGGGAAUGAUUGUCUUCCUGGAGUUUCCUUGGAUAAGUGGCAAAAGUUCAAAGAGCUCCAGAAAGCAAAAGAUGAUCAGAGAAUGAAGGAACCACAAACAAAGCGGAAAAGGAAAAGGCGCCACAAGAAAGGCAGGACACAGAAUUGUGAUACUGAGCAGGAAAGGGAGCCUGAAGAGAAACGGGAGGAGCACUGGAAGGAGCUCACGCAGUAUUUUGGCAUCAAUGAUAGACUCAAGCCGCCUCCUUGUAGCAGACCUCCUCUCAUGUCAGGCCUGGAAAAGAGCAUAGAGAGUGCCAUUGCUGAAGGGGACUGUGGGAAGGCGGAAGAACUGAGUGACAGACUUGCUACUCGAGAGCUGGCCGUGAAAAUCGCACAAGCCGCCGAUUGCCGUGACUUCGCCCGCACCAAAGAGGAAGCGGAGGCUUCCAGGGCAGCCCGAAAAAGGAGGAAGCAAAUCGCUUGGGGGUUUGAAGCAAAGAAAAGAUGGGAAACCAAAAGCAAUAUGGGAUUCAUGUGACAUUCACUGCAGUUGAUGAGUAAAGAUUUGGCAUGUUGAUAA